AUGUCUGGAAGGCCCGAGGAAGGACUUUACGAUAAUGAGGAAAUUCAAGCGCCUACUGUCCCGCAGGGAGAUCGUCAGAGGAGAGCGAGGUCGGAAUUUGAGGGUGACACAGAUCACUCCUCUGCGACUCGCAGAAGAUUGGAGGAAGCGCGGCGACCACAGUGGACCAUGGGUAGCACCGUAAAGGAAAUCCUGCUGGAGGGAAGCACUAACAGGGCCAACAUGAAGCUGAACGAUUUCCUUCGGAGCAAAUUGGGCGAUGAGUGGGUUGUGGAAAGAAAUGGGAACGUCAUUAUGGAGGCGUUUGUUCAGGAGCCGGAUGCUUACGUGCAAGACCAGCGGCUUCUUAGAAUUAUUUUUAAUUUAACAGAGUACCAAGAGAUGGAAAGGGAGUUGGAUGAGAUGAAAAUUCUAUUGGAGGCCAUUACUAAGCUUCACCACGAGGGUGUGGACUCUCUCGAGCAAUGGAGGGACUAUGAAGGAAAGGAUACGGUCACUCCUGUUGCAAGGAGAAAUCUAAACAGAGUUCUCACUCAGGUACUGAGAGAAGAACGCCGUGAGGCGGAAGAAAGGGCGAGAUGGGACCAGCAACAAAUAAUAUUUAACUUAUUUGCUAAGAUCGAAGAUUUGUUGUUUGGAGGAAGAGUCCGCGUCAAUGACAUAAAGCUGAACGAUUUUCUUACGCUGAGAUUUGGCGGAAAGGGCAUUGCGGCUACCAAUCGGGAUGUUUCGCUGGAGGAUUUUUUUAAGGAUCCCACGAGGUAUAUCCGCGAUGCAGGAGUAUUGGGCGAAAUACAGACAACAGGUGCUUAUGCGAGGAUGGAGAAGACUGUAAGGGAGGAAAUGGGUUUGGAAGAAGUUGUACGCAGGCUUAGCGAGAAAGGUGUCAACAAUCUACUUCGGUGGUCAAAAGCUGCUGAGGAGGUAAAAGCAGGUGUUUGCGAAAACGCUAAAAACUCAUUGGAUGCAGCCCUUCAGGAAGCGAGAAACCGAAUGACGACGAUUGAAGCGAUGAAACUGGAGGGAUACUACGAGUCUGUGUACAAUGCGAGUUGGCACCAUGUUAAGGAAGUUCCUGGUGCUGAGGGGACGGGAAUGGAGGUGAAGAAGGGGAAACCGGAACAGUCAUGGACGUACAACGAAGUUGGCGACACUCUCGAAAAGGAUGACGGUGUGCAGCAAUCCGGUGCAGCACCUCUCAGGCUAAUGGUGCUCACCUCGGACAAUGGAUGGCCGUACUCGUGGAAACGGGGGCUGAAUGAACGUAUUCAUGACUGCUACGUGAACUGUGAGGUGGAGCGAGUGUGGCAGAUCGUCAAAAAGGAUCUAAGCGAA